UAAAUAAUACAAAUAUUCAGAGAAACACAAUUCCUCUCAGAGUGUUGACAGGCUAAGGCCCAUGAGACAUGCAGCAAAUUAAUAAUAGAUGCUACAACAAUAUCAAAUUAUUGCCAAUAGUUUGAAAAGAAUAACACAAACAAUUGUAAGAUACAAUAGAAUGGCAAUGGAAUCUCUAAGGGAUUUCAUGGCAUCUAGUUGAAUGUCAAUAGGAAACUUGCCAACACUGAAAUGAAUAAAUUAUAUGACAACAAAAUCAAUUUGCAUUAAAACCAGCCAGUAAACAAAUCGUCAAAGCCAAGGGAAAGCCAGAACCCAAAAACAAACCCAACCACCCACAGCCACCCAACCACCCAACCACCCGGGCCAUUCACCCAGUCACCCAGUCAUCCAAUCAUCCAUCUAUCCAUCUAUUCAGUUUGCCCAUCUAACGCACUUUCCGAGUGGCAGGGCGUAUACGCAGGCAGACUGAGGUGGCGGCAGGUGGGCGAGUCUAGCAAAUUAUAUUACCUUGUCAGGCGAGUGACAUAAAGCAGAGACCACACACACACACACACGCCCACGCACACUCGCACACACACACACACACACACACACACACACACACACACACAUGUGGAUCUGGAUCUGGGCGGUGCGUUGUUGGUUUUGUGCUUGGAGCUGCAAUUAAGCACCAAGGAGAAGGAAAAGAAGAAGGAGAAAUCGAAGCCAAAAGCAUAGGCGAGACGAGAGACUGUGGGGACUUGGGUCCGGCGUUUUGGGUCUUGUGGGUGACCGCGAACCGCUGUCUCAGGUUACGCAAAACUGACAGCCUGACAUUUUGACAACGCCAACACCAGCAACAACAACAACAUGUUGCGCAGCUGUGUCUGCCUGCGCAGCGAUGGCGGCAGCAGCAGCGGCGGCAAGCGACGCAGCUCCUCCGUUGAAGACGCUUCAUCGUGCCGGUCAUCGGAAAUAGAGCGUGUGGGUGCCAGCAUGCAGACACUGGGACCAAAUGGCCAACCGCAUUCGGCCGCCGGACAAACAACGACGCGGGCCUCCAGUCUGCUGCAGUUGUUCCAAAGGAAAGGUUGGUGCAAACACUUCCGAAAACCGUUGCGUGGCAUGAGCGCCUCUCGGGCCGAGAAGACUAUAAGAGCGGCUAUAUUAAUUCAAAAAUGGUAUCGACGCCAUCAGGCACAUCGCGAAAUGAAGAAACGUUGCAAUUGGCAAAUAUUUCAAAAUCUCGAAUAUGCCAGCGAACAGGACCAAGCUGAGCUAUAUAAAUUCUUCAAUGAUCUGAUAAAACAUAUGCCCCAAGCUGCUGGCACAAAAAAUCAACAUCAUUCAUCAUCGAUAACUUCAGUUUUGGAAGAACGCGAUGAAAUAUUAGAAGAAGUUGGUGAUGUUGUGCGCACCAAAAUGGAAUUGCCAUUGAAAAAGAGUCACGUUGAAUUCCUAAUCGAUGUCUUCCGCAAGAAGAGGGGUAAUCGCUUGCAACCCCAAUUGGUGGCAAUGAUAUUACGUGAGGCAGCCAAAUCUUUGAAACAAAUGCCAAAUAUUGUUAUGGUAUCGACAGCUGUAUCCCUGCAGGUCACCGUCUGUGGUGAUUUACAUGGUAAACUAGAUGAUCUCUUGGUGGUAUUGCAUAAGAAUGGUCUACCAUCUGCUUCCAAUCCAUAUGUUUUCAAUGGUGAUUUUGUGGAUCGUGGCAAAAAAGGAUUGGAGGUGUUACUCUUACUAUUAUCAUUAUAUUUGGCUUUUCCCAAUGCGGUAUUCUUGAAUCGUGGCAAUCAUGAAGAUAGCAUAAUGAAUGCACGAUACGGUUUCAUACGCGAAGUCGAGGGAAAGUAUCCACGUAAUCAUAAACGCCUGUUGAGGCUAAUUGAUGAGGUUUAUCGUUGGCUUCCAUUAGGUUCUGUGCUUAACAAUCGUGUUCUAAUUGUACAUGGUGGUUUUUCGGAUAGCACAAGUCUGGAUCUCAUUAAAAGCAUUGAUAGAGGCAAAUAUGUGUCUAUUUUGCGACCACCCAUAACAGAUGGCGAACCAUUAGAUAAAACUGAAUGGCAACAGAUCUUUGAUAUUAUGUGGAGUGAUCCACAAGCAGCCCAGGGUUGUGUCCCCAAUACUCUACGUGGGGCUGGCUGUUGGUUUGGACCGGAUACCACUGAAUUAUUUUUGAAACGUCAUCGUUUAAGCUAUGUCAUACGAUCACAUGAAUGCAAACCAAAUGGUCAUGAGUUUAUGCACGAUAAUAAGGUCAUUACCAUAUUCUCGGCGUCUAACUACUAUGCCAUGGGCUCGAAUAAAGGCGCUUAUAUGCGACUUAAUAAUCAAUUAAAUCCGUAUUUCGUUCAAUACAUAUCGGCUGCAUCACAGACAAAGAAACUAUCAUUCAGACAGCGUAUGGGCAUGGUGGAGAGUUCGGCUCUGAAGGAACUUGCUGUGCGCCUGCGCGAACAUCGCGAUGAAUUGGAGACAGAGUUCAGGAAAUAUGAUCCAGAUGACACUGGUCUCAUUUCGAUAAGCAAAUGGUGUUUUGUCAUGGAAGAGAUAACCAAAUUGGGUCUACCCUGGCGAUUAUUGCGCGAUAGACUGGCACCGGGUACAGAUAAUCAAAAAGUUAACUAUUUAACUACAUUGGAUCUGCUCGAUACGGAUGUGAUUUUGGAGGCAGAGGCCGAUGGCACAACGGUUAUGGAUGCUCUCUAUGCCAAUAAAGCCAGUCUGGAGGCCAUUUUUAAUAUCAUCGAUGCUGAUAAUUCGGGCGAAAUAACCUUGGAUGAAUUUGAGACGGCAAUCGAUCUACUUGUUGCCCACAUGCCUGGCGCCUAUUCCAAGGAGGAGAUGCUUGAGAAAUGUCGCAUGAUGGAUCUCAAUGGUGAUGGUAAAGUGGAUCUCAAUGAGUUCCUCGAGGCAUUUAGGCUAAGUGAUAUGCACAGGAAACAGCAGCAGGAGGCCGAUAUGCGUAAACGUACAGCGACCAGAAGUAGUGUAAAUCAACCACAUUCAGAAUCAGUUGCCGAACUAGCGAAUGCAAUAUCCAAAAAUACCUUAGUUAUUGAGCAGGAUAUUGAUCCCACUGAUUGUGAGGCAAAAGUGAUUGAUCCAAAGUAAUUAUUUUUAGUGCACUUUAACAAAAACAAAAACCAAAAAACUUACAAACUGAUCGAUUAAACUGUCCGCCACGUGUGGCGUUUCCAUUAGUGGUGCAAGAACAUCGGAAACCGCACAUCUCUAUGACUAUUGAUGGUUCGAUAGUAACUAGACAGUGUGAAUCGAUAGUUUUUGCUUUACUACUUUCCAUAUAAGUUAUAGUUAUACAGAUCGUAUUAAGACAUGUUGAUAACCUCUUUGGCUAUGACAAAUGGAUUCCAAAUGGAAAAUCAUCCAAAAUGAAGUUGUACUUUGAAAAAAAGAUCAGACACAAGUAUUUCUUUCUAGUAUUACCAAAAUGUUUUAACUUCUAUAAUUAUUUCAUUUCCAAAAACAAAAAGUAAAAAAAGUCAACCAUUUGGAUCCAAUUUCAUACUGCCAUUUUAUACAGACAUAUGUUGUUUUUUUUUUUUUCUUAUGAU